GUCUGUAAAUAGUAAACUUGCAAAUCCAAUCGAUUUCGAUAUUCAUAAUUGUCAUUCACUCGAUAUCAAUGUCGUCAUCACAAGGUUCUGUAGAGUUGUAUUAUCCCACAACUCCUCCCAUCUUCACACAGCCUGCAGCUGAUCAUAACUCAAACAACAACGCCUCCUCCUCGUUCACGCCGGUUUUCAUCGUUGUGGCCAUGAUCAUCGCGCUCUCCGGCGUCGCUUGUGUCGUGGGGAGGCUCUGCAUGACCAAGUGGCACGCCCGUGUUGCCAGGCUGCAGGAACCACGUCCGCACCUCCACUUCCACCGCCACCCAAUCCCCGUUAAGUUGCACUUGCACGCCAAUGCUAAUAAUAAUCAUAAUAGGUUGGGGCCAAACCUGUGGGAGGCGACGCGGCAUCCCGUGGCCAACAACAAGACGACGAUGAUGCUGGGACCGCAUGAGGAGAUCCAAUUCCAAUUAGACAAGAGAAGCAAUCUUAAAGUGGCAACCAACAAUGGAGGACGGAAGCCAGAUGAUCAGAUAGCUCAGCAUAAUGGCGACCGUAGAUCAUCGCAAGUUAGAUUUGCUGAUAGAUAAUAUGUACGGAUCUGAUGAAUAACCAGAGCUCCAGGAAUCGAAUACGUCCACGUGGCUUUGUCAAUAUAUCUGCAAGUUGAUCAUUGGUCUUGGUGUAUUCAAGGAUAAUUUUUCAUUUUU